AUCCCUUGGGGAAUAUUUCGGGGGGGGGGCUGCCUGUGGCCGACAGAGCCUGCAGGAUCCCCACAGCCCCUUGGGGAGCGGGGAAGAACGGAGGCCGCGGCCCGCUCCGGGCCCCGGGCCCGUGUUGCUACGGCGACGCGGCGGGCGGGGAAGGGCCCGGCGCUUUUCCUGCACCGAGCACGGCCACAGAGGGCAGAGCUGAGCCGAGCCGAGCCGAGCCGAGCCGCCGGACAGGAGCUCCGCACCCCGCUCCGCACCGGCCUCCGGCCCCGGCGGGAGCCGCCGCCGCCCGGCCCGGAAGAAACCAAACUGGAAAAGAAGUGACUGAAAAAGAAAUUAAAGAACGGUUUGAAGGAACAAAUCAAUUUCUUAACGAGAUCAAGUUGGAAUUAAAUGGCUGAUAAACAGAUCAGUUUACCUGCCAAGCUGAUCAAUGGAGGGAUAGCUGGGCUGAUCGGGGUCACCUGCGUAUUUCCCAUUGACCUGGCAAAAACUCGCCUGCAGAACCAGCAGAAUGGCCAGCGGAUGUACACCAGCAUGUCUGACUGCCUCAUUAAGACAAUACGCUCGGAAGGCUACUUCGGCAUGUACAGAGGAGCUGCGGUGAACCUGACUCUAGUGACACCAGAGAAGGCUAUCAAGCUGGCAGCCAACGAUUUCUUCCGGCAUCACCUCUCCAAAGAUGGGAAGAAGCUGACGCUGCUGAGGGAGAUGCUGGCGGGCUGCGGCGCAGGCACCUGCCAGGUGAUCGUCACCACUCCCAUGGAGAUGCUCAAAAUCCAGCUGCAGGAUGCAGGACGAAUUGCGGCCCAGAAGAAGCUGAUGGCAGCGCAGGCCCAGCUCUCCUCGUCCUCCGCGGCGCGGGCGGCGGAGCCGGUGGUGGAAGCGCGGCCCACAGCAACGCAGAUAACCAGGGAGCUGCUGCGGAGCAAAGGCAUCGCGGGGCUCUACAAGGGCCUGGGGGCCACGCUGCUAAGGGAUGUGCCGUUCUCCAUUGUUUACUUCCCGCUGUUUGCAAACCUGAACAAGCUGGGCCAGAAGGACCCCAACGUCAAGGCCCCGUUCUACGUGUCCUUCCUCUCCGGCUGCGUGGCUGGCAGCACGGCUGCGGUGGCUGUCAACCCGUGCGAUGUGAUCAAAACACGGCUGCAGUCCUUGCAGAGAGGCGUAAACGAGGACACCUACUCAGGAAUCCUGGACUGCACCAAGAAGAUCUGGCAGAAGGAAGGACCCAUGGCCUUCCUGAAAGGGGCGUACUGCCGAGCCCUGGUCAUCGCCCCUCUCUUCGGCAUCGCACAAGUCGUCUACUUCAUCGGCAUCGCCGAGUUCCUCCUGGACAUGCUCCCGAAGCACCGGGCCUAGCCCCGGCAUGGCUGCGUGUGCCUGCCCAUCCUCUGCCGAGCCGAAUUCAUCCCCGUGUCCAUCGUCCAUGUCGAUUGGUGUCAGAGCAACAGCACAAAGAGUUCGCGCGGGAGCGCUGAGCAGAGGUGGUCUCCAGACGAGCAAACAUGGGGAGGGAGAGAGUCCCUUUUCUGUCUUCACCUGGAACCUGCCCCCUCCUGCUCCUUCCAUGGACAAUAUCUAAUUAUUGUUCUUUUUUUUUUUCUUUUUUUUUUUUGUUGUUGUUUGUUUUUAAUUGUCAUUCUUAAGGGCACUGGUAAGCACAGACUAGGCUUGCAGACCCCUAAGUCUCCUCCCAGCACUUGGAGGGAAGAGGGAUGGGAAAAUAAUAACCUGAGCCUUCAUCCACCUCAGCUCCCUCUUCCUUCCUGGAGGUUGCAGCUGGCUGAGGAGGAGCUGGAGGGACAGCGGUGUCCUGUGUCCCCUCAGCCCCUCCUUGGCUGUGCUGGGCCCCAGCUGGGGGGCAGGUGCUUUGCACAGGGGGCCCAGCGCUGCUGGAGGUGCAGCAGGAGGGGAUGCCGGAGCUGGCAACUUCCUUGGCCUGGAAACCUCCGCCCCUUCCCUCUCCCUUGCUCAAAACUGAGUUAGACUUGGGUGAAUCUUUUGGAGAUCGGAGGAAGGGAAAGGGGCUCGUUGCUAGUGUUUUGUAAUUAUUUGUGUUUUAAAGCAAAGGGACUUCCCUCCCAACUAGGUGUCACAGGCACAUCAGCGAGACGCAGAGCUGAGAUGGCUGCUCUGCAGGGAACAUGUCCGUGGGAUCAUAUGGGUGUCUGAAGGUGCUUCACUGCUUGGCUGCAGGCAGGGAAGGGAGAGGAACUUGGGAUCAACUUUUUUUUUCAUUUUUUUUUCUUUUUUUUAAUAUAUAUAUAAGCAGGGGUUGUGGGGAGGGAAAACCAACCAAGCAAAAAGAAACCACUUACAUUCCUUCAGCCUCCCCGCCCCAAGGCAUCAAGUGGUGGCCACAGCGGGUGCACGGUUAGCUGUGCACAUUUUCUGGCCUGGCCCCAGGUGCAGAGAAGGAGGAACCUAUUCUGUUUCCAUAGGGCCCAAGCUCCAGGAGCCACACUGUAAGGGCUGCGUACUUGUUUGUACCUUGCCAGGUGAAAACACAAGGUCUAGUUUUGCUUCGAGGAGCUGUUUGUACCUCCGUGAUUACAGGAUCGAGGCCUGCGGACCACAAAAUCUCAUCAUCCUGCUCACUUCUGGGGUAGCAGGGGGCUUAUCCACACUUAAGAACCCACGCUGUCAAAGGGAUACUGCCCAGCUAAAAUCACUUGUCAGAGGACUUCCUUGCUAAGUACUCUCUUGGGCUGUUAUUAAUUCUAGCUUAAAUUAUCUUAAGUGCAGGAUUGUCAAACCCAGCGUGAUCUUCUCCAUUAUUUAUUCCAUUCGGUGCAAUCCACCCGACCUCGAUGUUUAAAUUAAACCAGUCAAAUCCACUUUUCAUUCCUUCUUUUCACUUUUUUUUUUUCCAGGCGCUUGCUUGGUGUUUGUGUUUCAGAUGUAUAUUUAAAUUAAUUUAACAAAAAAAUCCAUGUUUUUAAUGUUUGAAAGAAAACCACCUCUGUUUCAGCGUCCUUGGGUUAGUCUUUUUUUCAGAACCUGUACGUUGAGGGCCUUCUUCCUAGAUGUGUCCCCUUUCUCUUAGAAAAAAAGUUGUUCUGUGGCUGAUUUGUUACUUGUCACUUUGCUUCUGUGAAUUUUCCUUUUUUAUGACUUUUCCUUGUAUCUGGGAAGGAAUCUGAGCAGAGAUGAUCUCUGAGUCUGAUAGAUGUCUGUGGUGUGUGUAGUGCCGUGAUGCUGCUCUUGCUCUGGAUUUCCUCUGGGUGGAUUAAAAGAGAAAGAUUUGUGGUUU